GUUUUUUUUCAGCUGUGCUCAACACAAACACGAACACACUACACACAACACAACAAGGGCACAUGUUACUUUUUCUUUUCAAUGUUUGUAUAAGCUAAAUUUUUUAAAGAUAUGGCUGAUCAAAAUCAAGAAGAUGACGAAUUCACUUUGGACCCUAACGAAAUCGUUCAGGUUAUUGAACUAGAUGAUAAUAUUGGUAACGGAGACGAGGGAGAUGGUAAGUUUUCAAAGACAAGUCAAUAGUCAAGAAGACUAAACUAAGCAUGGCAGACUUAGGUGCUGAAAUUAAGUAAGAAGACUAAAAUAACAGUGACUCUGCAAUUUUAAAUAUGUCAAACAUCCUUGCGUCUGAUAAAAUGGAGAGGGGAAAGGGAGAGGAAGUGGAAAAUGAUGAAAUCUAAUUUUCAAAUUUACUAUUACUAUUAUUUAGAUACUUUGAUAACAAAAUUAAAACUUAAAAAAAAAAAUAAACCAAUGACAUAGUUGAAUAGAGCUAAUUUUUAAAAGAAUUAUAACACCAAAAUCAUAUUUUUAGCUGUUGUAGUUUUAAAGUUAUGAAUUUUUAAAGUACGACUUAAUUUGUCCUUUUUUAACAUGGACCGCAUCUCCACAUUCUGUGACCCAAUUCCGCUGUUCGCGUCACGAGCUAUAUAACUCUUGUUUUAAUGAUAAUUUUAUUUUCAGAACUAAUGCUGUAUUAAAAAAAUAAGUUUAAUAAUGUUAACAAUUAUAGAUAAAUUUUAGCUUAUCUAACUAUGCAUUAUUUCUAUCAGUAAAUUUAAUAUAAUGUAUUAAUAUAUGGCUUUUCUGUUUACCAAAUCUACGACGUUCAUUAUACCAAUAUUUGCUAUAUAGUCUAUAUAAGGCAACUCAUGCCCUAAUUACGAAAAUACUGUUUGGGAACUAUUGAACUUUCAACUUUGUUACAUGACUAAUUAAUUAAAGCUUUCCCUGACCUAGUUGAAUAGUUUUUGCACACGGCAAACUUUUAUGAAUGAAAUCUCUGAGAUAGUAGUAAAUAAUAGCCCUUAUGCAAGUCACUGUGAAUGGCUGCCAUGACAUUUUGCACACAGCGAAUUUUGAUCAUGUAUAAUAUGGACUCUACCGGGUUUUUUAACCUCAAAUUAAAAUAUUAUUCUUUCAAUAACAUUUAAAUUCAUUCUAAAACAUAAGUUAUCAAAUAUUUUGAUGCAAAUAGUGGAAAUAAUUAAAUAUUUCCUAAGUAACGGCGUCUUCCGCCACUGAAAGGGGGCGUGGCCACUUCCUAAUCGAAAUUGGGCUGAGCUACAUAACCAUAUAGGGGUUCACUCAAGUGAGCAUAACAAGUGAUCGACAUGUCCUAACUCAAUGAGAAUUGACACACAUACACAUCGAUAGAUAAUACAGAAUAAGACUUUUUUUUAAAGACAUAAAAGUUGAAGUUCUAUACGAAUUUUAUAGUGAAAGAUGCCUUAUAUUUACAGGGGAAUCUCAAAAUACAGGUCGAUUGAAAAUUUUUAAAAAAUCGAUGUAAAUGUAGGCCAACAUGUCUACCUAAUUAUAAGGCCGGAAACGGAACUCAAAUAUAUAUCGAAAGCACUCAUUUAAUAAUAAAUAGACACACACAUCGGAAAAUUAAAAACUCGGAUUUUUCGGCGCCGAUUGCCAUUUCCGAUACACAAAAAGUAGUAGCCUCCCUUGGUUUACCGAAGUAUCUAUAUUAUUUAAAGGAAAAACAUUUCUAAAAAGACGUUUUUUUAAAACUUGCAUUGCAUAAACCAUAUGAUAUGAAAGAAUAUUAAAUAAUGAAUAGAAAACAGUUUUUAAAAGUUGACUCACUGGAAAAAUUUAGAAUGUGCAAGAAUAAUUUAAUGUCAAAUUUUUUUUUUUUACUGAAAAACCUUGACGUAAGUUUCAAAUUACAACUCUACUUAACCUGAGCUUUAAAUGACCCCAGCACAAAAUAUAGUAUCCCCAACGAGAGGCUAAUCUAUAAACUUAUAUUUACGCGCCCCUCCCCAUCCCCCCACCACACUCAAGCAUAAUCAUAAUGUCAUGAUUCAUGUUCAAACCUAAAUUUAUUCCCCUCUAACUCGAGCCUUAAUCUUCAAACCUGAAGUUUAUAUUAUAUAGGUUAUAUUAUAACCUAAUAUGAACCCUAACAUGUGUUUGUCUGCUACAGUUUACACACUGCAGUGAGAAUAUUGUAAAUAUGAUUAAAAAAGUUAACAUUAUUUUUAAAAUAUUCAAAAUUUUUAAAUAGUAAACAGUCAAACACACCUUUACACACUUAAUGUCAGGUUCCACUGAAAAUAACAUUUAAUAGAUAUCAGAAAAAUAAGAAAUCAUUUUUCAUAAAUGAUCAGACAGACAUGCCGGCAAAUAGCCUCGUUUUGAAAUAUAAUUAACCACACUAAGAAAUUUAAAAUCAAUCAUAAACAUUUCAUCAGCACAUUAAAGUAAAAAAAAAAUAGCAUAGUUAUCUCUAGUAACAAUACACAACUAAAAAAUUGGAGGUCACUCAUCAGAAACUCAGGAGCGAAAUGUCAAAUUGACCUAAUGUAAUUGUAAUUUCCACACACUCUAAGUGGUACCAGCUAUCAAUUCUUAGUGGUACCAGCUAUAAAUUCUAAGUGGUACCAGCUAUCACAUUGUACUCAGUCUGGGCCUCCAGAAUGUCCAUAUUUAAGACGUUCCUUGUUGUCUUUAGACUAGGGCUUUUGCUGCGGCCACUGUUUGGAGAGGACUGACUAAAUUUAUUUUUUGGUAGUCUGCCUUUUCUCGUAGUUCAUCCGAGUUUUUGCUAUUGCUCACACAUGAUCACAUGGAGAUAUGAAUGGUUGGGGCUCAUGUACGUAUUGUUGGGUGGAUGGUGAAUGUUUUAAGGGAUUCUACCAGAUGUGUUAAUACCAUAACAAUGUGCUUUUUGGCGUAGGGACAUCUCAUUUCUAAUAACUGCGUUGAAGUCUUCCAUUUCCUUACAGCAGGGGUGGGCAAAAUUUUUGUGCGGAGGGCCACAUUGACAAAUGUAAAGCUUUUGGGAGGUUGCAUGUGUUUAUGUCCAGUUUUUACAUGUCGAUAAACAUUUCUCUAUAUUGAAAUCAGUAAAUUCGCACUUUAGCAUUGCAUUACAAAAGUCAAGGACUGUGAAAAAAAAAAAAAAAAAUUAGAAAGAAAUUUGAUAAAAAAUGUUUAUAAAAUUAUAACGGUACAUGAAAUUCUGUAAAAUUCAACAAAAAAAAGUAAAGGACUGUAAAAAAAAAAAAAAAAAAAUUAGAAAGAAAUUUGAUAAAAAAUGUUUAUAAAAUUAUAACGGUACAUGAAAUUCUGUAAAAUUCAACAAAAAAACUGAAAAACAAAGUAAUUUUUUUUUUCUAAAUGCCUUCGAGGGCCGCAUAAUAUUAGUUAACUUUUAUUUUUACCAAGUAAACUAGUGAAACAAUUUUGUAUUUGGUGUGUGAUGGAUACCCUAAUUUGGUCUAAAAAGGCCUAAGGUUAAGUGGUCAAAAAAUGGCAUAAAACAGAGCCUGUGAUUGGUUUGAAUCAGAAAAAAACACUACUUAAUACCCUUAAAGUAUCUUGGUCAUUUUAUAGAUGGUUUCAGACAUCAUUGUGCUUGGUGGAGGGUAAUACCCCAUGAUGCUUAUUGCCCUGCUUUACCCUUAAUAGAAGGAUUUUCUAUCAAUCAAUGAUUGAGUAGCCUGUUUUUAGAAAAUAUAUUUAUACACAUUAAUACACUUAUUAGGCUAAUGCCUAAUGCUAUUUAAAUUAGGAAUAAUUAAUUAGGCUAUGUAGGCCUACUGUUGUUAUAGUUGUGUAAUAUAAUCCUAAGUCAAAUAUUAAAAUAAUAAUUGAAUUAGUGUCAAAAGAACAAGCUUUGUGGUAUAUGUUUUGAUUUUAUAAAAUCACUUUCUCAUGCUGACUCAUAGAAACACUUUCCUUUGUUUAGACCCUGAUGAUGAAGAAGAAGAUGAUAAUGAUGAUGAAAUGGACACAGAAGAAGAAGCUUCAGCUGGGCCAGUACAGGAUGACUCACAACUUACAUUUCUUGGACAUAAAGAUUCUUCAGGUUUUUUAAAAAUAAUAGGAAAACUCUGAGAAAUAUUUGGGGCUUGGUGUUGGUUGCAAGGAUUACAUUUUAGGUCAAUAAGGUGCUGUUUUAGUUACAGGUAUUCAUUUUAUCAUUUAAAUUUUAAUAAUUACGCUUUUAUUAGAUCAUGAUAAUUUUGUUAUGAUUUUACAGUAAUAUGUGCGAGGAUCAGCCCGACGGAUCCUCACAUUGCUGUAACAGGGGGUCAGGAUGACAGAGCAUUGGUCUGGAACACACAAGAAGGAUCCAUUUAUUUCCAGUGUACAGGUAUUAGCUGGCAAAGACAAAUAAUAUCAAAACAAUGUAAAUGAGCUGGAUCUGCAUAAGUUUAAUUAAUUUUUAAAAAAUAUUAAUUUAUCCUUUUCGGUAUAGUAUUAUAGCACUUAUGCAAAAGUCAUUUUCAUGAGUUCGCUAUCACUGGACAAGAAAAUGAAUGCACCAAUGAAUAUAUAUAUAUAUAUAUAUAUAUAUAUAUAUAUAUAUAUAUAUAUAUAUAUAUAUAUAUAUAUAAAAAAAUAAAAAAAGAAAAAAAAUACACAUAUAUAUAUAUAUAUAUAUAUAUAUAUAUAUAUAUAUAUAUAUAUAUAUAUAUAUAUAUAGAUGGGAAAACAUAAAAUUGUUCUCAUGUAAUUUUUACGCUGCUUAUUUAAAUUUACCUAGGCUGUCUUGGCACAGUUAUGAAUUAAUUGACAUUUUGUCAUGACAGGUCACACUGACACAGUGUCAAGUGUCGGGUUCAGCCAUGAUGGCACAAUGGUGGCCACCGCCGACAUGAAAGGCCUGAUCAAAGUCUGGAAAGUUGAUUCAGGGAAAGAAAUUUGGUCGUUUGAUGUGACAGAAGUAGAGGUGAUUUGACAGUAGUUAUAUUUAGGGUUGAAUGUGUUGUUGUGGUUUUUUUUUUCCUUCCUAAAUACACACGUGGUAAGCUUUCAGACUCUGGGGGCAAGUCUGGAGAGGCGAAGUCAAUUUUUUUUUUUGGGGGGGGGGGGGGGUCUUUUAAUCGCUAAGCUUUGAGCUGUAGUGUCAAAUUUAGUCUUAACAAGUUCCAUACCCUUAUCAAUCUGGUUUAUUUAAGCUGUUUGACAGGAAUAACUUUCAGAGUGUAAAAAUCUGAACAGAUUCACCGCUCUCAUAUUUUAUUCACAAUGUUAUAACCAGUUGUCACCAGUGGAGUCAUUUUUCACUCUACCCAUCUCUUAUUUCCUCCACAACCCCAUCCCCUGGCCCAACAUCCUUCACCUCCACUUCAUUUCCUCUCACUCCCCAAAACUCCACUUGCCUCUUGCCAGUUACUCCCUACCUUCUCUUACAUUAUCCUCUCUCUGCUUGAUCUGUAACCUUCUACCAAAGCUGCCCCCCCCCCCCAUUUUUUUGUUAUAAGUAAAUCACACAUUUUAUUUUGCUUUACAGUACAGUGUAUGCAUAAACUAACUUACCAUUUACACAAAUGUUAAAAAAGUUUUAAAAAAUAAAUAAAAAUUAAGGCUUACAGUACCAUUAGACAAGCCUACUAACCCAUAUACACUGGAUCUAUUUUUAGAGCAAUUUACUUUCUAUGCAUUCUUAUUGACAUUGAUACUGUAAUCAUGUAUAUUUAAUACUGUGUAUUACAAACCCAAAAUUCAUUCAUCAGUGGAUCCAGUGGCACCACGCCGCCCCUGUCUUACUGGCCGGCACCAAGGAAGGUCAAGUGUGGAUGUGGAAAGUGCCCUCUGGUGACUGUAAAACAUUUGCAGGAUUCGGACCUGGUGCCAACUGUGGGAGGGUUCUGCCGGAUGGUGAGGCCUUUCAAUAACUCACAAACCAGAUCUGAUAAGUGAUUAAUUGAUUUUGACAAUGACAUUAAAAAUUUUAUUUUAGACUUAAUUAUAAUAAUAUUUUUAAAAAAAAUAUGACUUAAAUGUUUGUCCAGGAAAGACGGCUUGUGUUGGUUAUGAAGAUGGUGUCAUUAAAAUCUGGGACCUCAAGACUGAAGAGCUCCUACACACAAUAUCAGGUAAAUAAUGUUUAGGGCAACAAGACCUGGCAAACACAGCUAUAGUGUCCACUUGAGACACACACACACAGAUCGUAGACAGAUGUUAUUAUCCUCUACAGGAAAACUAAAGUCAUUUUUUCAUAAAUCCACAAGCCAACUCUAUUAUAUGAGGUGAAAAAUUUUGGAAAUGUCGAUGAUAUUAAAUCACAAAUAGUGACUAUACCCUUAGUUAAAGUUAUGCAUUAUAAUUACUCUGUUAUAUAAUACCACUGCUAUGUUGCUAUUUGUAUAAUAUAACUGACAGUAAUUCUACCCUAAAUCAGGUUAUGAGGGCCACAAGGCCUCUGUCUAUUGUAUUGACCACAACAGCGCUGGCAAUUUGGCUCUGUCUGGGUCUGGAGACAUGACAGCUAAGGUCAUCAACACGGCAACAGGAAAGGUAAGACCUUUAGAUCCAUUGGUCACUGGAGCUUAGUAUGAAACCAAUUUGUCGAUAGCUAAUUUUUGCAAUGAAGCGCUCAAAAUGAAAUGUGAUCCACUCACAUUUUUUUUAAACUGUUUUUUUGUAGGGGUAAGAGGGAAAAUAUAAAUAUUUCAUAAGAUUUAUUUUUGUUGUUUUUUCCCCUCGUUAUUUCUGUUUGAACAACUUCCAUCCUGACAACUUCCUUACUGACAACUUCCAUCCUGACAACUUCCUUACUGACAACUUCCAUUCUGACAACUUCCUUUUUCUGACAACAUACAUACUGACUACUUCCGUCCCAACAACUUUCCUUUGUACAACUUGGUUUUGAAAAAAUUGUUUUCCUUCUAAUUUCUGGAUAAAACAUCCACAUGAUGUAUGAGUCAAGAAAGGUAAGAACAAUAGAUCCACUUCAUGCAUCUUUGGUUCAUCUGUCUUCACAUCCAAGCGUGUUUGAUAAUUCAAAGAAAGCAUUUCCCCCACAGUGAAAGUGUUUUUCUUUAAAUUAAGAUGUCUGCCAGUGGCAUGUGCUGUUUAAAAAAAAAAGUAAAAUUGUCAGCAUCCAUGGUUAUGAAACUUUAAAAAAAAAUUUCGCCACCCUUGUGAUAGAAAAAUAGCAGACAGAACAUCAUGAUUUUUUUUUUUUCAACCGGGCAGUGUCCAGUAAAUGUCCAACUCUCUGACCACAGGUUUUGUCCACGCUAAAGUGCAAGGAGUCAGGUGAAGAGGACGACUCAGUGGAGGCCGUGGGUUUCUCUUACACGUAAGUGCUUACCAAUGGGAUGGGUUUCUCUUACACGUAAGUGCUACCACUGGGGUGGGUUUCUCUUACACGUAAGUGCUACCACUGGGGUGGGUUUCUCUUACACGUAAGUGCUACCACUGGGGUGGGUUUCUCUUACACGUAAGUGCUACCACUGGGGUGGGUUUCUCUUACAUGUAAGUGCUACCACUGGGGUGGGUUUCUCUUACACGUAAGUGCUACCACUGGGGUGGGUUUCUCUUACACGUAAGUGCUACCACUGGGGUGGGUUUCUCUUACACGUAAGUGCUACCAUUGGGGUGGGUUUCUCUUACACGUAAGUGCUACCACUGGGGUGGGUUUCUCUUACACUUAAGUGCUACCACUGGGGUGGGUUUCUCUUACAUGUAAGUGCUACCACUGGGGUGGGUUUCUCUUACAUGCAGCUCUACUGCUGGGGUGUUUUUUGGUGGUUUUUUUACGGCUGGGACCUCCUUUCAAAAUGGUGUUUUGAGGCUCUGAGUAGAUUAUGGUUUGGGGAUGUGAGCGUAAUGCUACGUGCGAUGUGUAUGUUAAUGCAUGGGUAAAUGUCUUGUUAAUGAUUUAACUGUGUGUAGGUCCAGUUGUCGCUGUCCGUGGCUACUGGUGUUCCUGUGGAUGUAUUUUUGUUAGAUAAAGGUGUAGAUAUUUAACGCAUAUUUUAAUUGGCCGCUGUGACCGACGAUAAUAAUACUAAAAGCGAAGGGAGCCGAUUCUGGUGUAUUAGAUCUACCUUUAAUUUUGUUGUUGUUUUUCGCCAUGUCCUUUCUUACAUAAUGUUAACAAGGAGAGAUAACUAACUAAUGUUGUGGUUCAGACUGAAAGAAAGACUGUUCUAUUUUAGCAGAUAGAAAGCUUCCAAAAUAACAGAGGAUACAUAUGUUUUAGUGGCUUAUUUUUUUUUUUUAAAGUUGUUUAUUUUCCUAUCAUUUCCUACUCUGAUAUAUAAAAAAAAGCCUUUCAGGAAACUUGACUUUUAAGAAAUUAAAUUGAACCAUUCAGUAAAUCAUGUUGGCCUCUUGCAGAAAUGAUUACGCUGUCACUGGCACGCUGGGUGGAGGCCUGGAGAUCUGGGACCUCCCGACCAAAUCUGUCAGGCAUACCUGUGAACACCCGGUAGGUAUUUGUGUGUGAACACCCAGUAGGUAUUUGUUUGUGAACAACCAGUAGGUAUUUGUGUUUGAAAAAAAACCUAUUUCAACAGCAUGUUAACAUGACAUGCAUAUUACAAGUAUAGAGUGAUACUACUUUAUCAAUUAAAAACAGUAUCUUUCAUGCAUAGACUAAAGAACAGAUUAUACAAAUGUAUUGAUAUGUCAAGAAAAUAGUUUGUAACCAGAUACAGGAAACUGAAUUAUUUUUUAAAAUUAUUUUUUCUUUCUUGUAGUAUGGAAUAGUAAAAGUGCAGUGGUCAAAGUCCUCUCCCACUUUUUACACAUCCUGUCUGGAUGGAAAUUUACGUCAGUUUGACUCUCGCAGCGGUCAAGUGGUCAGAACAUGGCAAGGUCACAGAGCUGCUGUUUUAGAUUUUGAUUUAGCCGGGUCAGUUUUUUUCAAUGUUUAUUUCCCUUAAAUAUUUUUUUUAAAUAAUGAAAAAAAACAGUAAUUGUUUUAUUUACGGUAUUAUUUAAUGAUUUCUUUAAGAGGUGUACGUAAUUAGGUAUAUUAUGUUUUCAGAAUUCAUUAGAGGUUACACUUCAUUAAAGUCAGAACUAAUUCAAGUCCCUGGUUUGAUACACCCAAUCAAUGUUUUUUUCUUUGGAUUUCAUAUCUCACAUGCUUUAUGUUGAGACCCCUUUUGCUGUGUGUUUCUUUCUUUCUGUCUGGGUCUCUGGCUGGAAACUUCUCUCAUAGAAUUGUUGAUAAACGAAAACACAUUCUUUCAAAAUUUCAGCCCCACACCCAACUCUCAGAAAUUAGAUUUUCCCUGUUUGUCAAAGGGAAGAUGAAGGAAAUAUGAUGCCACUGAUUUCACUAAAUAAAAUUCGCACUAACUUUGCUAAAUGAGAUUAGUCAAAUGAUUACGUGUGCGUUUAGAGCAUAAUAGUUUUUGUUUUGUUUUAUCUGAAAUAAAUCUGCUCUGUGAAAGCGGGUGGGACAUUAGAAUGUUUAUGUAAAAUAAAAUAAUAAAAAAUACAUAUAAAAGGAUUGAGAGUAAUAUUUGUACAUCUAUAAUUUUAAACUGUUUUUAUUUUUAAUUUUCCGCAGGGAUGAAUCUAUAUUAGUCACAGCUUCUGAUGACACAACAGCCAAGGUUUUCCAUCUACAGAGAUAACACAAGACUUUGUCAAGGGAAGGUUGUUGAAUAAAAGGCAUUGAAAAUAAA